AUGGAAGCGGCGGCGGGCCCCGUCGCUCUUGCACAGAAAGGCGUUGAACCCUCAGAAGAAUCCCCUCUGCAGGAGCCUUUGCCUGGUUACUCGUUCGCGGUGGCGGCUCCUGAGCCUCAGCCCAGCGAGGCGGCGUUGCCUCCAUCUGCGUCUGUGGCGUCGAGUAGAACUGCGCACUCGGAGGCCGGCGAAGGCUGCGGGACCUCGUUUCGUGUGCCUACGUCCGUCUCGCGCCGGGAAGGGCUGGACGUGGCACCGGUUUCACGCUCGCCAAGUCUCAUAAGUGGAAAAGCAGGCAGGAGCGCCGUGUUGGCUGUCGAGCUGCCGCCGGCCGGUCCCGUGGAGACGUUUCUGUCGUGGUGCUGUGUGGGGUGUCUCCGCAAAGUCUUCUCGCGUACCCGCUGGCACUACCUCUUCUUCAUCUCCCUCUACGCGUUCUUCAUCGGUCCGCUCUAUCUGAACUGGGCGCCGCUGCGCCAAGUUCUGUUCAAAAGCGGCGCGUACAAAUGGGAGUGCGAUCCCGAGGAAGCAGACCCCACGUCGCUGCGGUACAUCCACCCCGACCAUGACACCUGCGUCGAGCAGCGCCUGCGCGUCGGCCACCUGUUCACCGUGUGCGCCGCCGCAGACUACGGUUUUUCCUUUUUCGGCGGGCUCGCGAUGGAUAUGCUGGGCCCCAAGAUCGCGUCGCUCCUCGGCUCCUCCUCGAUGCUCGCAGGCUGGCUGCUGCUGUCGGUCUCCUCCGAGUCUGUGCAGAUGCUGAUUCCUGGAUUUGCGCUCUUCGGCCUGGGCAUCGACAUGGCUUUCUACGGGACUCUCUCGGUCGCGGCGCUCUUCCCCGGGCACGAGAACGCCAUCAUGGCCAUUGUCGUCGCGAUGCGGGCGCUUUCGUACAUGACGCCCGUCGUGCUCGACAGCUUGACGUCGGCGCUGCCCUACAUCGCCGUCAUGCUGGGCUUCGCGCUCCUCUGUCUCCUUCCCGCGGUGAUCAUUGCCUUCAUCUACGCGCCCUGGAAACCCUUCCCGAAAAGCGCGCACACGGCCGCGCUGACCGCCGAGGAGCACGCGCGGCUCUCUUGUUCGCUGGACGUCGUGAGCUCCGCGCCGCGCCGGUCCUCUGUGGGGUUGCAGUGCGCAACCUGCGGCCGUCCGAUCCUCGCCGCCGAGAGCGAAGGCCUCGACAGGCCCGACAGAUCCGACGCGCCUCACCACGGCGAAGAGCGCAGCACGCUGGACGAUGACCAGGCCAUUCGCCGGCCGCGCACAAGCGGCUCCUCCUGCCUCGACUACGCGUCGAUUAGCCACCGCGCCAGCGCACUCUCUGGCGGCCUCUUGCCGCUGCGGUGCCGCGCGUGCCGCGGAAGCGGGUCCGUCGGGUUUCCAGAGGGCGGACUCUACGGAGAGCUCUCCGCCGACUUCACUGAAGAGCAGCGCCAGCUCGAACACCAGCUGGGUCAGCUCCCCGGCCGCGGCGCCGCGGCGGAGGGCGCGCUCGCGGCCGCCCUCGUCGCGGUUCGCCUCAUCAGCGGAGAGUCGGGCUUGCCGGACCCGCCCGCGGUGUUGGGCGAGAGCCGGGAGGAUCGAGGCCGCCGAGCCAGAGAGCGCGAGGAAGAGCGACGCGCCAGCGCCUCAGACAUCUUCAGGGUCUACUCGCCCCGCGAAGCCCGGCACGAGGGGACCGGCGCGCCAGCAGGCCCGCGGGACGGGGAGGGGGCCGACAAAGACCACGGCCUCGCGAGCAGACUCGAAGUGAAAUCCGCGGAUGCCACGCCGCGGGGCCCGCUGCACGCCGCAAGCGGCGGCGAGCCUGCGGGAGGCGCAGGCUCGGGGUCGGGCAGCGGCUUCCUGCCGGAGCUGUCGCCGCCGUUGGGGCUGGGGGAGCGCGAGAAGCCGAGCUCUGGGGAGGCUUCUGCAUGCGGCGGCAAAGCCCGCGAAGACCGGUCGGGUCUUGCAAGCAGCGGGCUGGCGAGUGUGUCGUCGCAGCGCGUGGAGAGCCUUGCGCGCACGCACGCCUCUGCAGGAGCGCAUCGAGCUUCGCAGGACGGCGCGGACGCGAGGCGCGAGCGCAGCAGCGCUGGAGGGGAAGGCCGGGGGGCGCCGGUACACUCGGUUUCCUCCCCGUACUCGAUGGCUUCCGCGAGGUCGCGUUGCGAUGAAGAGAUCCGCCGGGCGCCGAGCAUGCGGCAGUACCCCAACACGUGUCUGGGCCGUCUGCGUUUCUUCCGCGACACGCUUCGCGCGCACCCGUACGUCGUAGACAGUCUCGCGUUCACUCGCGACUUCAUCUUGUCGCCGAUGUACGUUCCGCUGGUGCCUUACUUCACGAUUGCGUUGAUUCGCGCGAUCUACUUUAACGACGCGUCCGAAGACCUCGUCCCAAACAGCCUGCGGUUCCUCCACAUCAUUCUGGGCUUUGUUUUCGUCGCGCCUCCGUUCGCCGGGGUCAUUGCAGACUACUUCGGCAUCAUCGUCUGCAUGGUGUUGAUCAACACGUGCGGCACGCUGGUCGUCGUCGCGGCGCUGAUUGCAUACGAGGUCCACGUCGUCUUCUUUGAGUACUGCGCGUCCUUCAUGUUCAUGCUCAACAUGGCGCUGAUGACAAACCAGGUCUAUUUUUACGUCGCCGACACGUUUCCGCAGCGCCACCUGGGGAAGCUCUGCGGCUUCGCCUGCACCAUCGGCGGCGUCCUCUCGCUGUGCGUGACGCCCAUGUUUGAGUUCUCCGUCAAGACUGCCGGCGGGUUCACCAUCAUGCUCAGCCUCCUCGUUGGCCUCUCCGUCAUCACCUACAUCCUCAUUGGCCUGCUGCAGUGCACUGCGAGCAGAAACCAAGCCAAGAACAAGGCCGAGGGCGCGUUGGGUCCCGGCGGGUUUGGAGGAGACGCCGGCGCCGGGCGCAGGCGCCUCCACACGCCCGGCGGCGAGAGCCAGCCGACCACGUCCAGAGACAGCGCCACGGCGGCGCGAAGAAGGCUGACAGACGAUGACCUCAGCAUCCACGCGCGACCCGAAGCGAGCUUGUCUGCAACGUACGGCCUCGCGUCGGAUUUUGUGUAG